AUGAAAAAGGUAGACAACGGGCCCAAGGCGCACGUGUGGUUUAUCUGCAACAUAAACACGCAGGUGGGCGUCGAAAUUGCACAGCGCGUACUACAUGACAACAACGUGGUGAUCGGAGGAAUCAACAAGGGUCUGGGCAAUCUGGAGGUGGGGGAAACCACAUCUCAAGACAACCUGCAACUUCUGCUGAGUAAACACGGCUCCAACAACUCUCUGUCGUUCGUCGAAAUUGACCCGGCCAACUCGACCUCGUGCCAAAUGGCCUUUUCCGAUGCCUUCAACCGACGCCCCACAGUAGACGUGCUGGUCAACUGCAGUCACACCAUGGUUCUGGGAGAAGCGUCGCGGUACGAGAACUGGCAGGUGAACGAGCAGUUUGAGAGCAACUUCUUCCAUCACGUGAACGUCAUCAAGGCGAUUCUGCCGCACUUUCGGCGCCAGCUUCAGGGCCAUAUCAUCAACAUCAUGGACUCCACCGCCAGUUUAGCCAUCCCAGGUCUGUCGUUGCUGUGUGCCGCCAAUCGGGCUCUGAGCGGCUUUUGUGAAUCGCUGGCGUUAGAAGUGUCGCGAUUCGGCAUCAAAAUCACAAACAUUAUUGCUCCUCUUGAAGCGUCUCUUUUCACACAGGGGGUGGUUAUGACCGAAGAUGAGCAGACGUCGGAACAUGUUACGCGAUUGCGUAACAUUAUAGUUCGCGAAGACAUUUAUCCACAGCAAGCGAUCACCGACAUUGUCCAUGGAGUCAUCUCCAUAGCGUGCAACCCCAAUCCUCCGCAUCGGUUUGUGAUUGGCAGUGAUUCCAUUACGGCUGUCAAGGAGCAGAUUCAACGGGAGGCUGAGGAACUGGACGACAUGAUGGAGGUCAGUUACAGCUGCGAUUUCGACCUGCUCGAGCCAGAACACGUGGGAUAUGGGAACCACAUGAAUCAGAAGAUCAAACUGGAGCACGACGAGACAAAGGGGACAUACAUGUGA